AAGGACGGAGGGGAGGCGGUGCCGCGCCUGCGCGGAGAGGACUCGAGGGCCUGUCACGCUGAGCGUUGAUCUCAGUGAGUGGAGGCAAAAUGCAGGACCCCAAUGCAGAUACCGAGUGGAAUGACAUCCUACGCAAAAAGGGCAUCCUGCCCCCGAAGGAAAGCCUGGCGGAACUGGAGAAGGAGGCAGCAGAAAAAGAGCAGCAGGCAUUUCUCCAGCAGUCAGUGGUGAAGACGUAUGAAGAUAUGACUUUGGAGGAGCUGGAGGAGAACGAGGAUGAAUUCAAUGAGGAGGACGAGCGAGCUAUCGAGCUGUACCGGCAGCAAAGGCUGGCCGAGUGGAAAGCAACUCAACUGAAGAACAAAUUUGGAGAAGUUUUAGAGAUCUCAGGGAAGGAUUAUGUUCAAGAAGUUACCAGAGCCGGCGAUGGCUUGUGGGUGAUUUUACACCUGUACAAGCAAGGGAUUCCCCUCUGUUCCCUGAUAAACCAGCACUUGAGCGGACUCGCCAGGAAGUUUCCCGACGUAAAGUUUGUCAAAGCCAUUUCAACGACCUGCAUACCCAAUUACCCCGACAGGAAUCUGCCCACGCUCUUCGUUUAUCUGGGAGGCGACAUCAAGGCACAGUUCAUUGGUCCUCUGGUGUUCGGAGGCAUGAACCUGACGAUAGAUGAGCUGGAGUGGAAAUUGUCCGAGUCGGGAGCAAUCAAGACAGACCUGGAGGAGGAUCCCAAGAAGCCCAUCAAAGACGUGUUGCUGUCCUCAGUGCGAGGCCCUGUCCCCAUGAGAAGGGACAGCGAUUCCGAGGGCGACUGAGAUGGCAGCCACUGUGACCUUUUGAACUUUCUCGAUAUGACAUAUUGUCUGAAUUUUUACUGAGGAGGAAAAAGCAAAAAGUUUUCAUAUUUUAGUUUAACCUUUUUAUAAUAUUUAAAUUUUAUACAUUUCAGAAAUAAUCAUCACUGAAAAUUUUAUUAAAUUCCUUGAAACUCCGAAUUAAUAAUGUUUUGUUAAGAAAAAUUUAAAUAAGCUUUAUGCCAAAUAUCUGUUUUCCUACAUGUAUUUCAGCAAACUGUUUAGUUUUUUUUUUUUGACAUGCAGCCGUGUAGGAAGGAAAAUGGAAUUUUUUAAAAAAAAAAAUAAUGUGAAUAAAA